GGAGGAUGCGAGUGCGGCGGCGCCGCCCCGGCCCCGCGCUGCGCUGAGCUGAGCCCAGCCGAGCCGAGCCGCCUCAGGGCAUGUUUUCGAGCCAUUUGUGAGGAAAUGUGGUGAAUGUAAACUUGCUCUGUUUGGGGGGGAAAUUGUGCUGAGGCUCACGUUAGCCCUUUUGGCCACAGCCUUGCGUGGGGAAUUCAUGUCGAGCUGAUUGCUUCCCAGGACCCCGGGUCUCAUAUUCAGUCUCUGCUUCGGAGGAUAGAGUCCUCUCUCUCCCUCUCAUCCUGAUUUUAGAUAAUGGGCUGUGUGCAAUGUAAGGAUAAAGAAGCAACAAAACUGACUGACGAGAGGGAUGGCAGUUUAACUCAAAGCUCAGGCUACCGCUAUGGGACAGAUCCUACUCCUCAGCACUAUCCUAGCUUUGGUGUGACUUCAAUCCCAAACUACAACAACUUCCAUGCCACAGGAGGCCAAGGACUGACUGUGUUUGGUGGAGUCAACUCCUCCUCUCAUACAGGGACGCUGCGUACAAGAGGAGGAACAGGUGUAACUCUUUUUGUGGCGCUUUAUGACUAUGAAGCAAGAACAGAAGAUGACUUGAGUUUUCACAAAGGAGAAAAAUUCCAGAUACUUAACAGCUCGGAAGGAGACUGGUGGGAGGCUCGUUCCUUGACAACAGGCGAAACUGGUUACAUUCCCAGUAAUUAUGUGGCUCCAGUCGAUUCCAUCCAAGCAGAGGAGUGGUACUUUGGCAAGCUUGGCCGAAAAGAUGCCGAGAGGCAGCUGCUGUCGUUUGGAAACCCCAGAGGUACCUUCUUGAUCCGGGAAAGCGAAACUACCAAAGGUGCCUAUUCCCUGUCUAUUCGAGAUUGGGAUGAUAUGAAAGGAGAUCAUGUCAAACAUUAUAAGAUUCGUAAACUUGACAAUGGUGGAUAUUAUAUCACAACUCGGGCACAAUUUGAAACUCUUCAGCAGCUGGUUCAGCAUUACUCAGAGAGAGCUGCAGGUCUUUGCUGCCGCUUAGUAGUCCCCUGUCAUAAAGGAAUGCCAAGGCUUACUGAUCUGUCUGUCAAAACCAAAGAUGUCUGGGAAAUUCCACGAGAAUCCCUACAGUUGAUCAAGAGACUGGGAAAUGGGCAGUUUGGGGAAGUAUGGAUGGGUACAUGGAAUGGAAAUACUAAAGUGGCUAUCAAGACCCUGAAGCCUGGCACUAUGUCUCCAGAAUCCUUCUUAGAGGAAGCCCAAAUCAUGAAGAAGCUAAAACAUGACAAAUUGGUCCAACUUUAUGCUGUGGUAUCUGAAGAGCCUAUCUAUAUUGUCACAGAGUACAUGAGUAAAGGGAGUUUGCUAGAUUUCUUAAAGGAUGGAGAAGGAAGAGCUUUGAAGUUACCGAACUUGGUGGACAUGGCGGCCCAGGUGGCCGCAGGAAUGGCGUACAUCGAGCGGAUGAAUUACAUACACAGAGAUCUGCGGUCUGCAAACAUCCUGGUGGGCAACGGCCUAAUAUGCAAGAUUGCCGACUUUGGAUUGGCAAGACUGAUUGAAGACAAUGAAUAUACAGCCAGACAAGGUGCAAAGUUUCCCAUUAAAUGGACUGCACCAGAAGCAGCACUGUAUGGAAGGUUCACAAUAAAGUCAGAUGUGUGGUCUUUUGGGAUCCUACUGACAGAGCUGGUAACAAAAGGGAGAGUGCCAUACCCAGGCAUGAAUAACCGUGAAGUCUUGGAGCAAGUAGAACGAGGUUAUCGGAUGCCGUGUCCCCAGGACUGUCCCAUCUCCUUGCAUGAGCUUAUGAUUCACUGCUGGAAAAAAGACCCAGAGGAGCGUCCAACUUUUGAAUAUUUACAGGGUUUUCUUGAAGACUACUUCACUGCAACAGAACCCCAGUACCAGCCUGGAGACAACCUGUAAAUCCCUGGUUUCCAGACACUGUCAUGAAUUACCAGGUAUUUCUCAGCCCUGUCCCACCUGCUCUCCACCUUCCAACUCUGUGAUCGGCUUCUCCAGAGUGCAACAUCUUCCAGCACUGCAGUGCACAGGAGGGGCUGCAGCUGGGAACUUCCACAGCCCUUGCCUAUGACCACUUGUCCUAAUAAUCUGAAUGUCCUGGAUGAAAAGGAGAAAAACACUUGUUUUUUCUUAAUCAAAGACUCCAAAACUGCAUUGUAUUGAUGUUAUGUAAACUGCAAAACCUCUGUUCAUUGUAAAUAGUAACUCAGUGCCAAUAACUGAUCCUAGUGCUUUCCUUUUUUUAAAAUGCAAAACCUAUGUGAUUUUAACUAGUCUUCUCCUGAUUCAACUAAAAGUAUUAUUUUCCAGAAGUGGCCUCUUUGUCUAAAACAUUUUUUUUUCAUGUUUUAACAAAUAAAAAAUCAGGACAGGUGUUUGGGUUUUUGCUUUUUUUAUAUAUAAAAUAUAUAUAAUAUAUAUACAUACCUGUACAUACAGUAUAUGGGUGCUAUUGCAGAGGAGGCUCAUUUGGAAUUGAAUGAAUCCUGCUGCAGCUGUACCCAGAAAGCGAUAAUUUUACUGCAGACAUGAAAACACUGGUGGGAUUCUGAAAGCCAGUGAUCUAAUUUUUGGCUUUUGCCAAGCAUGAUUUUUUUAAAUUGGAUUGCACUUUUUGUUUAUGAUUAUGUACCUGUAGAUGGUUGUAACUUUGCUCUUUCAGGAAUCACGUGCUGUAUUUACAGUAAUGUUUCCAAUGUUUGACAAGUGUGUGAUGAUUUGUUCUUGAAAUUAAGACAAACAUAUUUAAAGCAAGAAAAAUACACCAUCACCAUUUGAACUGGAAAAUUGAAACUGCAAGGACUUCUUGUAUCAAAACAUGUAUACUGAAAUGUUUCAAAAAGAUUUAUUAAGCAGUGUAACCACAUUCAGAUGGUCUUAAAAUAAUAGCAUUUUAGCCAUGUCCCCCUGCUAAACUGUUGGCCAUGCAACUAGGAUAUUUCUGUUUUAUGUGUAACAUUUUUCCAUUGUAAAAUAAGUGUGUUGAGUGUCCUGUACUGCUAAUGAAAUUACUUUCUCUGUGUCUGCAAGUUCUCCAGUGAAAUUACUAUGCACUUCUUUACAUUUCAUGGGGGAUGCACAGAACAAAGUAUUACCUUUUCAGUUGUCUGUACCAGCCUUGAAUUACUUACAUUUAACGAAAAAAACACAAAAAAAAAAUCCUUUCUAUUGAGUUUUUAAUACUGAGUUGCAAAUUUUAAAGUCUUAAUUACAUUUUGUUAUGGUUUAUUCACAAGUUUACAUUUUAAAACUGUUUAACUUUCUUAAUUUAGUAAUUAAAAAAAAAGAGCAUUUUACAUUUGGAUAGUUGUUUUUUUGUUUAAACUGUGGAGCUAAUGGUGGACAUGAGAUUAAAAACUUUUCAAGAAGGGGUGUCAUGCCAUUUGGGGCAUCAUAUUUCAUAGGAGUAUGCAGACCAAUUACCUAUGGGACAUCAUUUUCCAAAUUAUGAAGUCAGUAUGUUUUUAAAUAGCUGGAGUUCAACUGUAAGGAAGAUGGCUGAAUGCUUAGCUAGUCUCUCAUUUCUCUCUUCUACAGCAGUUUGUUCUUUAUUAGUUCUGUUGCAUUUAACAUGAAUACUUUUACAUUUACAAGUGUUGCAGGAAAAGCUUUUCUAUGUCUUGUAUUGCUGUUACUGCUUUAAAAGAUUGUGGCCAACUAAGACUUCCUGACAGUUGAAACUUUUUUUUUAAUUAUUUAGCACUUAGAUUAUGAAUUCAUAUUCUGAAGAUUCACACAUUUUCUAAAGAGAACCUUUCUUCAUUUGUGAAAACUAACCCAAUAAUCAACUGAGAUUCAGAGAACAAAUUGUCAUCGUUUUAAUAUUUUCUAUACAAAACUUUGACUGAAAAUCCUCUUGCAAAGGAGGCUUCCACACUUAGCCUUUCUCAAAGUGUGAAUUUAUAUGGCAAUGUUGCUUGGUACCAGAUUUCCAUGAUAAAUUGGUUAACGUUUUACAUGUAGAGUCUAUAAGUAAUGUUAUGUACAUUAUCUAUUCAAUGUUGCUGUACCUGCAGCUGUGGAGUACUGAAGAGGCCAUGAUCCUUGUUGGACUUCUAGCUUCCUCUUAGUACUUACAAAGCAAGUCGUGGCCCUCUUUUUUUUUCCCACAGCUACCCCCCUGCCUUAAAAUAUCAUCCAUGGAACUGAGGACUCCAUAGUAACUCAGUGGGCUGGUGAAGCCAAAAUGUCACCUCCUCAGCCCAGAGCCCGGUGGCGAAGCGUGGCCAUUCUGCCAAGUUCCUUAGCAGCCUUUGCUAUGCCACAAACUUAAGUGCAGUUUCCAUCUGUAAUGCGGGACGAGCCUAAAACGUUAAGUUUGCCUAUGUUUCUCUUUGGAAGUAAGACUCAGAUGGGGCAUUGUUGGGGUUUUAUGGCCUUUAUUUCUGAUUCUUGGGUUUGCUGUUUCUUGUAUUGCAUUCGGUCUCUGAGUACCAUGUUGGUCUCUGCCGGAUCUCUGCCUGCAGCUGGCUUGUGUGCAGACUGGUGCCACUGUUGAGUGGCAAAUCCAGACCAUUUCUCAUCGGUAGCUCUUCUGCUUCUUUUUCUUAAUGUUGGGAGUUUUGUUGUUUGGGUUUUUUAAUCUCUCAAAUAAAAACAUUAGCAAAAAAUUUAAACAAGGUUGUUAGGUUUUUUUGCUAUAAAUUAAUAAAAGCCUUUUCUUAAGCACUGUGUAUGCACCACAAGUAGUUGUGUGGUGACUGUAAAAGUAGAAUUUAUGAGAUUAAGAAUCUUCUGUUCCUUCCAAUAAUUUUUUAAUGUUAGACUAAAUAAAUUCCACCCAGGUAAAAACAAUUGGCCAAAUGCUUCCCUCACCAGCCCACCUUAUUCCCAACCAAUUCAUGGUGUGGUGGCUGAUUUCCAGAAGAGGUCUUCUAGAAGACCUACCAGCAGCAGAAAGGACUCCAUGGGGUGACACAGGCGUCUAUAAGCCAAAUUUAAUCCAAGAUCGGUCUCAGGAAAAGUGACAAGUGGAAAUGGGACACUGCUGCGAAAGGGAUGGUUAGUAUGGUUAUUAUAUUUCUGUGAGAAGGCACUUACGUGAGACUUGGUGGUCUUUGAAAAAGACAAAAGGCACUAACAUGAUAUUCUUUGGCUUUUGCAAACAGUGCUCAAUGUAGUUCUGGGUGACGCUCCGCUUUUGAUUUAAUUACCACUGUAGAAAAAUAAAGUAAAUACGAAACAGAAAAGUGA